AUGGUUUUCGAGUCUUUAGUCGCAGACUUACUUAACCGAUUCCUCGGAGAUUAUGUCGAGAACUUGGACAGCUCUCAGUUGAGCAUAGGAAUCUGGGGAGAAAGAUAUAGUGUUACUGGAAAAGGUGCAAAGAAGGAUGUCGCAUAUGAUUCCAGAAAUUCGAACCAGUACCUCGACGUCAUGGAGUUUCUCGAAGGUCUGGAACGAAUGGGUCGCAGCGCCCUUUAUCAGAAGUUCCACCCCGGCGCUGGAGUGCCCAUCAAGGGCAAUGCGAAGAAGUAUUGGCACUUUGCCAUGAACAGCAUCAUGGAGGACGUGAGGCGACGGCUGCGGCAGAAGUCGUGGAUGCACAUCGCCGAUCAUCGUAAAAGGGUGAAGGCGUAUCAGGCUGCGUACAAGAAGAAACUACUCGCAAAGAAAGUCUCGAAAGAGCUGCAGACAGAGUUGGAUGGCUGUGAGAAGAGUUUGGAUGUACUUAACAUCACGCUGGCACGGCAGCAGGCCCGCACCGAGGUGACACGCGAGGAAGCCAAGAACGAGAAUAAAGGAGGUUGGCUGUCCGGCUGGUGGGGUGGCGGUAAGAAGGAAGAGAAGGCCGCUAAAGGAACGACGGAGGAGAUUGCUGAGAAGUUUGGCGAGGCUAUGACGCCCGAAGAGAAAGCCAAGUUGUUCGACGCCAUCGGCUACAGCGAGAACCAGGUUGACACGACGCUGCCGCAGGAGUUUGUCGCCAUGCAGCUGAAGUUCCACCUCAAGAACCUGUCCGUCUCGCUGAAGGAGCCAACGCGCAAGUCGCCGCAGAUCGUCAAGCUCGCCUUCACCGACGCCGUCGCCAACGUCGACCAGCGGCCGUCCGCCGAGGCGAUCAAGGUUGACGCCAGCAUUGCGUCGAUGGCCGUGUACGGCGUGCCGGCCGGCGACAGCGUGCCGCACCUGGUCACGACGCAGACAGAUGGCGCCGGCGGCGGCGUGGCGGCCAACCUGCUCAGCGUGAUGUUCGAGACAAACCCGCUGGACAAGCAGUGCGACCAGCGAGUCAAGCUUCUCGCCAGGCCUCUGGAGAUCGUGUACAACGCGGCCACCAUCAACCAGGUUGCGGACUUCUUCAAGCCUCCGGAGUCGGUUCAUCUAUCGCAGCUGCAGGCUGCAGCCGCCUCUAAGCUGGAUGAGCUGAAAGAGAUGUCCGCCACUGGCUUACAGCAUGCCGUGGAGCAUCACAAGUACAUGGACCUGAACAUCGACAUUCAGCCGUCGUACGUCAUCGUUCCGGAGAACGGCGUCUACAGCGACAGCGCCCACCUGCUCGUACUCGACCUUGGCGCUCUCACGAUGCGCAGCGUCAAGGACAAGCGGCCGAUGCUGCCACGAGUCGGCAGCACAGAGAAGGAGGUGAUGGACGACCUGAAGAGCCGUUCCUACGACAAGUUCGACAUCGCGCUGCAGCGCGUUCAGGUGAUGUUCGCCGAGCCGGGCGACGACUGGAAGGUGGCGCGCGGCGAGGCCGACUCCAGCCUCCAGCUUCUGAAGCCGUUCGACCUCAACGUUCAGCUCCACAAGGGGCUGAUCGUCGACGACCCGCGCCUGCCCAAGGUGCGCGUGCUCAGCGAGCUUCCCAACCUCGCCAUCUCCGUCUCCGACCACAAGCUGCAGCAGAUCGCGCGCCUCGCCGCGAGCAUCCCGACUCCGGAACCUGCCGCCGCUCCCCCCGCCGAGGCGGUCGUCCCGGAUGCGGUCGCCGUCGACGACGGCGAUGCAGAGAGGAUCGCGCGUCGGGCGGCGGCGGUGGCGGCGGCGGCGAAGAAGAAGCAGGAGGGUCCGGCGGAGCAGCUGACGGACAUUGAGCUGCGAUUCGAGCUGCGGCGCUUCGCGGUGAGCGUGUGCCGGCGUGUCGAAACGCACGAUGUUGGCAUUGUCGCAAUCGCCGUCGAAGGCGUCGUCGUCGAGGCGGCGGUGCGCACGUACGAGAUGCGCGUUGGCGCGCGCGUCGGCGGCGUGUCCGUGCGCCACCUGCAGUUCAACGGCGCCGACGGCGCGCCCGUCGCGCUCGUCGGGACGCCGGCGGCCGGCCGCGACGACGUCGACCUCGUCAGCGCCACCUACGUGCGCGCGAACCGCGCCGGCCCCGAGUUUGCGACGACGUACGGCAACGCGGAGCAGGCGGUCGCCGUGACGUUCUCUCGUCUUGACGUGACGAUGCACCGUGGUGCCCUCCUCCACCUCAUGCAGUUCGGAAAGGAUUUCGGCGAGAAGAUGGCCGCUGCCGUGCCGAGCAAGCCCGAGGUCGCCGCGCCGCCGCCGCCGGACGACGCCGGCGCCCCCAAGCCGAUCGUGGCGGCGGCGUCGCGGACGACGCUCGCCGCCGUGCCGCUCUCGGAGGAACGCCGGCGCCGCCUGGAGGAGAUCAUCGAGCUUCAGCUGGAGGCUCGGCUCGGCUCGAUCGCGGUGUCACUGUGCGACGAUGACGGCGCCGUGGCGGCGCUCACGCUCAGCGGGCUGCACGCCGGCGUGACGAUGCGCCGCGAGUCGAUCGCCGUCGCCGCGUCUCUACGCGACGUCGUCGUCGCCGACCCGACCCCGGGCGCCGCGCACCCGCGCAUCAUCUCGACGGUCGGAGGGGAGGAGCUCCUGAGCGCGCACGUGCGGCAGUACGCGCGCGCGACCGACGGCGACGCGUACGCCGACAUGGACGCCGCGGACCUCGUUGUCGAGUUGUCCGUCGCGCAGCUUCGCGUCGUCGUGCUCGCGCGCUUCCUCGGCGACGUCGCCGCGUUCGCCGCCGCGUUCCAGAGCGAGGCGGCGCAGCGCGCGAUCGCGGACGCCGGCGCCGCCGCCGCCGAGUCGGCCGCCGAGGCGGCGACGAACCUGCAGAUUCGAGCGCGCUCGAGGCGAUCGUUGCCGACCUCGGAUGCCUGA